GUUGGAUCUCCCUCCAAGCAUGUGCUGGUACCGGUGGCAGUGGAAAAGGAAAUGGCGCGUGUCCUCCUUACCUUGGCCACACUCGCAUGGUCAUUUGCCACUGCUCCAAUCGUCGUGAAGAAACACCGAAGUCUGGAGUAUCCAGUUCGCAGUUGUGCUAGUGUUUGCGCCUCCGCCGUCGAUAGGGUGUCGUAUAGAAGCCUUGCGUGCUUUCCCGGUAGUGCGGCGUUGACCGCCUCGAGAUGCCUGCCGGUGGUCCAUUCCUUGUCGUGACCAGUGCAUGGUAGAGAGGCACCGGCUACGGCUGACGAAAAGCUGACGUUGAGC